AUGAAAUCCUUAACAACAAGCAUACUUUUUUCCAUUCUCCUCUUAAUCACCUUGUUAACCUCCUGUAUCCAAUUAUCAGAAUCCAAGAGAAUAAUCUCUCAACAUGAUCAAGAUGACAUUCACUUGGUAAUUCAAUUACAUUUUGGAAAUGGUAAACCUAAAGUAACUGUUCAUAAGGGUCCUGUUUAUACCAAAGGGUUGAAAACCAAUCCAUUCAAAUCACCUGAAAUUAUGCAAGAAAGUCAAGAUAUUAUUCAACAAGCCAAGAAAGUAAUUCCAAAAAAGGUUGAAACUGGAAUUGCUAAUGAUUUCUUGGGAUUUGCUGAAAAACUCAAUACCAUGUAUAAGGCAAUUCCUGAUGAAGAGAAGACAAAGGCUGUUAAGGAUAAACUUAUGAAAUAUAUUGAGAGUUUGACAAAGAAGUCUUCACAUCCAACAUCUGACAUUUUGAAAGGUUCCUUGAAUGACAUUUCUAAAGAAUCUACUUCAAGAAAGUCCUCAAAGAUGAGAAGAAACAAGAACGGUGGGGCUUCAACUCUCUUUAUCGGCAAAAAAUUCAAAGAUACUUUCAGAAAGGUUUCAGAUAAAACCAAAAGUUUCGUCUCUAAAGCUCAGCAAGCAUGGAAUGAAAAAGCAGGUCAAUUCAUAGACAAUAUCGGUACCUACUCUGACAAGGUCAAUUCCAUUGGUUCCAAACUCACCACCGACAUUUCCCAAGAAUUACAAAACCUUGGAUUUCCCAAACUUGCAAAUUUUGCUCUCGACUUGGGAAAAGGAAUUCAAAAAUUCUCCUCAACUAAAUUAGGACCUCUCGAAGGUAAAUUAAAGGACAAAGUCAUUCCGUUCAUUAAGAACACCUCAGGAAAGAUUAAGGAAACAAUUGGCUUAAUUAAGGGAACUAUUUCACAAUUCAAAGCUUUCAAAAAUGUGAAAUUCCCAAAAAAGUUCAAAGAUAUAAAGAGUUCUAUUGCACAAUUUAAGGAAGCAGCCAAGAAUUUCAAUGGAAAGAUUGUGAAGGAGAAUGCUGGAAAGAUUAGAGGAAAUAUUAAGCAAUUGGUUGGAAGUUUCAAGAGAAAGAAAUAA